CGGACCAGGGGAGCGGGGUCCUGGCGGCGGCGGCCGAGGCGGGAGCCGCGCUCCCGGGCUCCGGGACUCCGACGACUCCUCCCCCGGCGCCGUCGCCGCCGCCCGCUGCGCGGGGUCCUAAAGCCGCGCGUGUCAAGAGGAUGGUGCGCCUGGCGGCCGAGCUGCUGCUGCUGCUGGGGCUGCUGCUACUCACCCUGCACAUCACGGUGCUGCGCGGCUCGGGGGCGGCCGACGGGCCUGACGCGGCGGCGGGCAACGCCAGCCGGGCCCAGCUGCAGAAUAACCUCGAUGUGGAAAGUGACUCCGCAUCAGAAACCAGCUUCCCUGUCUCCAGCGAAGAGCAGUGGAGCCAUCAGGCUGCACACAGACCCUUCCCCAGACAGAGAUUCCAGCAAGACGCUGAGCACCCUUCGUUGCAAAGAGAUGGCCCCAGAUCCUUUCUCCUCGAUCUGCCAAACUUUCCAGACCUUUCCAAAGCGGAUAUUAAUGGGCAGAAUCCAAAUAUCCAGGUCACCAUAGAGGUGGUUGACGGACCUGACGCGGAAGCAGAUAAAGAUCAGAGUCCGGAGAACAAGCCCAGCUGGACGGUUCGGUCCCCCGAUUGGCGGGCCUGGUGGCAGAGGUCCUUCUCCUUGGCGAGGACAAACAGUGGGGACCAGGACUACAAGUACGACAGCACCGCCGGUGACAGCAACUUCCUCAACCCCCCCAGGGGGUGGGACCGUCCGGCCCCUGGCCACCGGACUUUGGAAACCAAAGAGCAGCCAGAAUAUGAUUCCAUGGACGGUGAGGGUGACUGGAGUCUCUGGUCUGUCUGCAGCGUCACCUGUGGCAACGGCAACCAGAAACGCACCCGGUCUUGUGGCUACGCCUGCACGGCGACGGAAUCGAGGACCUGUGACCGCCCCAGCUGCCCAGGAAUUGAAGACACCUUCAGGACAGCUGCCACCGAAGUGAGCCUGCUUGCAGGAAGCGAGGAGUUUAAUGCCACCAGACUGUUUGAAGUUGACACGGACAGCUGUGAGAGAUGGAUGAGCUGCAAAAGCGAGUUCUUGAAGAAGUACAUGCACAAGGUGAUCAACGACCUGCCCAGCUGCCCCUGCUCCUACCCCACCGAGGUGGCCUACAGCACGGCGGACAUCUUCGACCGCAUCAAGCGCAAGGACUUCCGCUGGAAGGACGCCAGCGGGCCCAAGGAGAAGCUGGAGAUCUACAAGCCCACAGCCCGGUACUGCAUCCGCUCCAUGCUGUCGCUGGAGAGCACCACGCUGGCUGCCCAGCACUGCUGCUACGGGGACAACAUGCAGCUCAUCACCAGGGGCAAAGGCGCCGGGACGCCCAACCUGAUCAGCACCGAGUUCUCCGCGGAGCUCCACUACAAAGUGGACGUCCUGCCCUGGAUUAUCUGCAAGGGGGACUGGAGCAGGUACAACGAGGCUCGGCCGCCCAACAAUGGACAGAAGUGCACAGAGAGCCCUUCGGAUGAGGAUUACUUCAAGCAGUUCCAAGAGGCCAGGGAGUAUUAAGAGACUGGGGAUGAGAUGGAGCGGCGGAGAGGCCACCUCUGCCCUUUAGACACAAAUGCACUGCACUGAUCUGCCCCUCUGGGCCCGAGUCCUUCUCAUCCUAGAUGUGUAUAUUUGUUUAUACCACAUGAGUGUUUUUGGUAAAUUACACUAGGCGUGUGCACCAGGCCCCAAUGACUGCCAUCUGAAGCCACGCUUGUGUCUACGAGGCCUACAGUCCUCCAGAAGUCCUCCUACGGGCACUGUGGGCAGGUGGAUGGGACAACACAGAAGCCAGAAGAAGAACCUGGAAGGGAGUGUGACGGGGUUUAGGUCACACCCAGGGUGCAGGGUUUCCAGGAGAAGUCAGGGGAGAAAGAGACGGAAGAUGUAAACGUUAUAAACAGUUUUUAAUCUAUAACUUAUUUAAUAUGAAUGUGACUUAAGUGUAACCUUUUCUCUGGAGUUGUCGUGAAACUAAUCACUUCUCUGAGAGGACAGAGAGAAAGGGGCUUAGGGAAGUGGAAGAGAAAGGGAAUUUUGUAAUGAUUUCUUAAAAAAAAUCAAAACAAGAAAAAGCCCACUGUAAACCAAAUGUUAGUCAUAAGGCACCUUGCUGAAGUCUCAAUUUCCAAAAUGCUCUUGUCGCAGACCAGGAUGGAGGGGCAAAUGGGUAUUUCAAGGGCAGAUCUGAGGCCUGGCUUUUGUAACAGUAUCAAAAGGCUUCAAAAUAAAAGACCAAUAUUUGUAUAAUGCUAUCAUUCUACUAAAAGGCCCUAGGCAUGAACAGAACUUCUGCUCAUGUCUUAGUAGAUUUAGAAGACUACAGAAAUUGCAGACAUAAAAACAGAGAGUAGCACUUUUCCAAAGAAAAAGAAAAAUGGGGAAAGAAUAUCGACCUCAUUUCAUCUAUUUUAUUUUAAUACCAUCUUAACAAUUUUCCUUCGCCAAUAUAGUCCCAGUAAAUGCUAUAAAAAGGGGAGGGGGCUCAAGUCUGGGAAAUCCUAAUUUUUUAUGUUUUAAGAAAGGGAAAAAAUACUGCAUUAUUUUUGUAAAGUAUUUAUUGAGUCACUGGGUGGUGUGCAUCAAGCGAUUGUAAUAUGACCUGGUUCUCUAGGGUGGAACUUAGGACAAAUACAGAGUUGGUUCUUAUGCAAUAUUUUACUUGCAAAACUCCAGGAAAAGAGAAUAUAUAAUAAAAUCAUAAUAAAAUGUG